AUGGCACUAUCGCAGACGGAUGCCGAGAGACGGAGCAGGGUUGUGGCGGCCAACUCGCUGCGGUAUGCGCUGACGCUGCGGCUGACGGCGGGAGCGCCCGAGUUCCGCGGCGAGGUCUGCCUGGCCUUCCGGCUGGCCGGCAAGGCUGAUGCCCACAGCCUGUUCUUGGACUGGGCGCCCGGCAUGACUGCCGUCCGGGUUGUGCUCAACGACAGCGAGCUGGACCUGGAGGCCGGCGAGGUCCAGGUCGAGCCAGCGGCUCACAGGCUUACGUUGGCCGACACUGUGCUGGCGAGGCUCGAGCCGGAGUCACACCUGCGGCUGACCAUUAGCUACACUGCGCGCUAUGACCACGAUGGCGACGGCUUUCAUCAGUACUUUGACCCGGCCGAUGGCGCAGAGUACCUUUACACCAACUUUGAGCCGUGGGCCGCACAUCGCCUCUUCCCCUGCUUUGACCAGCCGGACAUCAAGGCGUACUACACGGUAGCGGUUGAGGCGCCUGCCGCAUGGACCGUUGUCUCGUCUGGCCCGCGGGUGUCGGUCACCGAGCCCGACGCCGGUCUUUGCUGGUCGUACUUUGAUCUUGAGGGCCCGUUCUCCACCUACCUCUUCGCCGUUGUCGCCGGGCCGCUGGUCCACUUUGAGCGCGAGACCGAGGUGCGGUACGCAACAUCGCUGGCGCCGGGCGCGCCCGAGGCUACCAAGGCCAUCACCAUGGGCCUCUAUUGUCGGGCGUCGAUGGCGCAGUUUUGCGAUGUCGACGAGCUGUUUGAUAUUACCGCAGCCGGCCUUCAGUUCUACGCCUCGUACUUUUGCCGCGCCUACCCGUUCACCAAGUAUGAUCAGUUGUUUGUGCCCGAGUUCAACGCCGGCGCCAUGGAAAACGUUGGCGCGGUGACGUUCUGUGAGGAUGAUUUGUUUCGUGAAUCGCCGACCGAGUACCAGCGCAUGUUCCGCAUCGAUACAGUGCUGCACGAAAUGGCCCACGCGUACUUUGGCAACCUCUGCACGCCGACCUGGUGGGACGAUCUCUGGCUCAACGAGUCAUUUGCCUCGCUGAUGGCCGCCAAGGCCGGUGCCGCUGCCACACGGUUUGGCGACAAACUUUGGGAGGUGUUUAAUGUGGAGAUGAAGGCCUGGGGCCUGGAGGCUGACCAGCGGCCGACCGCGCAUCCGGUCGUCCCGGCGCCCGGCGCCGUCGUUGACACCGACCACGCCUUUCUUCUCUUUGACGCUGUCUCGUACGGCAAGGGCGCAUCGGUGCUCAAGCAACUCAUCGCUACCAUUAGCGACGACGCCUUCCGUGCAGCUAUGGUCGCCUACUUUGACACCCACGCCUACGCCAAUACCACCCUCGCCGACUUUGAGAGCGUCAUGCCGCUGCCCGACGGCGACUGGAGUGACCGCUGGCUCCGGGCUGUCGGCGUCAACACCAUCCGCCUGGAGCUAGUGCCUGGCGAGGGCGACGCCGCGGGCAGCAUUGCCCGCGCUGCUGUUGUUCAGUCGAGCCCGGGACCAGACGUCCCGCUCCGCCCGCACGUCAUUGUGCUCCGCACCUACAUCGACGGCGUAGUCGCCGAAUUGCCGGUUGUUGUCGGCCCGUGCGAGACGACGCCGAUCGACGCGCUGGCCGGCGCGCCCAUGCCUCACUUUGCUCUCCUUGACGCUACCGACGCCACCUUUGCCAAGGUCCGGCUCCCCGACAUUUCGCUCGCCAACGUCACCGGUCUGCUCGGCACGCUGAGCGGAAGCAACGCCACGCUGCAGCGCCAGCUCGUGUGGGCCUCGCUCUACGACAGCGUUCGCGAUGCACUCAUGACUGGGCAGGCCUUUCUCACUGCUGCGCUCGACGCGGUAGUCGACGAGCCAUCGCCCGAGCUGCUCGGCAUCCUGCUCGGGGCCAUGACCUCGACGCUCUGCAACUACGUGCCGAACCGAGCCAUGCGAACCAUGUACGCCUACACCGUUGCUUCGCUCAGCUUUUCGCAGGCCUGUGCUGCACGUGACGAUCAGCGGCGUCUACUCUGGUCGCGCACCGGCAUCGCCGCUCUCGAGUCAGAAUCGGCGCUCGCGCUGUUCAUGCCGUUUGUCGAGGCGCCGGACGAUGCUCCGUUUGAGCUCGACCCGCACGAGAAGCUCAAGCUUGUUGUCGCUGCACAAGCGUUGAUUGGUGCAGCUGAGCCCGAUCGGGUCGAGGCUCUUGCAGCUGUCGUCGUUGACGCCGACAAAUCCGAUCGUGGCCGCCAGUACCGUCUCCGGCUCCGGGCUGCUCUCGGCGACCCUGCCCGCAAGGACGAGGUCUGGGCCGAAAUCUGCUCCCCGCCCGAUGGCCGCUCGCUCCACGACACUGUCGCGCUCAUGGAGGGCUUGCUCUGGUCGUUCCAGCUUGCCAACGACCUCCCGCAGGACUACGUUGCCCGCUUCCUUGCUGUCGUCCCAUCAAUCAUGGACGCCCAUGAGAGCAACGAGUACGCCGAGUACUUUAUUUCGCGCAUGUACCCGGGCUCUAUGCUCUACGGCGAUGCCCUGGAUGACCUCGUCUCCGGCACUCAGGCCCUCCUCGUCUCGCUUGAUGCCAAUCAUCCGCGCUAUGCCGUCUACUCCCGCCUCCUCACCGAGGAGCUCGACGAUGCUCAACGCGUUGUCCGCGCCCGUUCUGCCGCCAGCGCUGACUCUUAACUGUCUCAUGAACUCUUGCUCGCCCUGCGGACACA